AUGGGCGAACCGGUCGUAAAAUUACCUGCCAUCAUGUCUACAAACAAAACCCAUGCACGAAGAAGAGUAGGAGACGGAGAAGCGGGCAGCUCCAAGGGGACGGGAGGUGGGUCGGCUGAGCCCCAAGGAGAGACCCGAUGCGAGGUAGCCAGCACGCUGGUUAAGAAGACGCGUGGCACGAGGCCAGGGCCGCUGUCCUCUAAACUGGUCAGAGACCUUCCGCUUCCGGAGUCGGAUGACUCCGAUACGGAACGGAUGGUCGAUGUGGAGGAUGUCGACUCCGCAGACGGUGACGAGACGUCGUCAACCUCUUCCGUGGACCAGGUGACUGGAAAGCGGAAGAAGAGAGGGAUGCCCCCGACGACCUAUGCGGGGAUAAAAAAGAAAAAAAGGGAGAAAUGCAGGAGGGAACUCCUGCGGAUGAGAGCGGAGAAGAAGGCGCUAGAGGCGGUGUUAAACCCGAAGGUGACACCGAGAUGCACAACGCCUGAGGAGGACAUCAUCCGUCAUUUGGAGGGCCUUAAUCGGGAACAAAUGGCGGCAGAAAUGCUGGAAAGCAUUAAUCAGGUAGCGAAGGUUGCCCAGACGUCUAAGAACUUAAAGGGCACCUACAUAAAGGCGUUAAAGACGUGUACCAAGAAACUGCGAGCGGCAGCCACAGUGGUGGGCACAAAGGUAGGUCCCGACAGCACGACGCUGGAGGAGACUAAGAGGUGGAAGGAGAGGGUGAGGAGCCUUGAGGACCAGGUGGAGAGGCUGACGACCCUCCUCCACGAAGAGAGAGCCGCAAGGUUAGCGGCGGAAGGAAAGGUGCAGAGGGAAAAGGCCUCAGGGGAAGGGAUGCCUGAAGCUGCGCAGGAUGUGAUCGAAGUGCAGCACGUGGCAGACCACACACCCCGGGCCAGCACCCGAGCGCAAACCAAGGGGAAGCCUGAGAGAAUGGCGAAGCAAAUGAGGCCCAAGGCCCAGGGCCCGAAGCAAGAAGCAGCGAAGAGGGAAAAACCGGAGGCAACAGGCAGGACUGAAGACACUGUCUACCGGCCAAUGAUCAGGGGAGAGAGAAAGGUGCUCAGAGACCCGCCCGCGGAAGAUGCUAUGGAGGGCAUCAGGAGGGUGAUGGAGGGAGUCUCCAUAAAGGACGUGGUCAGUGGAGAGCCGGAGAAAGUGAAGCGCAACCUGGAGGACUUAAUAACCAGGUGCCAGGGAGCACUGAUCCGAAUCCCGAAAGAGAAAGGGGACAAGGAGAAGAAACUCCCGGUCAUCACCAAGAUGGAGAAGGUGAGGACAAAGGUGAGUUUGAGGGCGAGAGAGACGGCGGCGCGAAUCGUCCAGAAGACCAAGGAGGUAAAGGCGCCGAAGGAGCAGAAGACCCGGGAGGAAGAAAAGAAGACCCCGGCUCUAGCCAAGCCGACCACCUCCUGGACUGAGGUGGUCAGAAGGGGCAAGAAGAAGACGGAGGGCACCAAGCAGGAGACGGCGGUGAGAAACGGAAAGCCAGAACCUGCGGCGGCCGCCAAUAAGACUGCGGAAAAGACGGCGAAGGGGAAAAAACCGCCAAAGAGGAGGUCACCCAAAUCAGCGGCGGUUGCAAUUACCUUUCCGGAAGGACAGGCCGGGGAGGGAAUGAGGUUCCUGAGGUCUAGGAUUAAGCUGGAGGACCUAGGAAUCGAAAAGGUUAAGAGCAGGAGAGCCCUAAACGGGGCAACCCUGCUCGAAAUCCAGGGAGGAGGGGACGCGAAGGCCAAAGCCGAUAAACUUGCCACCCAGAUCAGAGAGGUGGGAUAG